AUGGCACUCCCAGCAUUGACGAGCGCGUCUAGUCGAAGCCAGACGGCUUCCCAGAAACGGAGCUUCACGGAUAUGCAUAAUGCAGCUAUCGAUCAAGAAGUUGCUAAUAACAGCUGGUACGCAAUCAAGCCAGAAGAGAUCACCGUCGUAGUUGGAGACAUGUGCGAUAAGCUCACCACUCCAAUGGAAAAGUAUACUUCUGUUGAUCAAGGCUUCCACGAUUUGAUCAAUGCGGCAAAAGCUGCGAAAAAGCUGCCUGAAACUAAGCAUUGCAGUGUGGCGGUACUUGGUGAGCAAGGCAUUGGCAAAAGCUCUCUUGUCAAUGCAUUGCUCGACCGAAGCCUCCUAGAUCGAUCUGGUUCCUCGAAAGCAUGCACGGCUUAUGCAACGAUUCUUGAGUACAAGUCUGGAGCUCGCGACCACACUACAAGGAGCGACCUCUUGGUGGAGUUCUUUACGAAAGAAGAGUUCAGGGAGUGCAUCCAGGAGCAAAUCGACCGCUGGGUUGAGGUCUAUCCCUUUGCCAGACAGAGUGCUGAACCACCCGACGGAGAAGACGAAGAUGAUUUGGAUGACCGUGAUGCUACUCAAGCUGCCAGUGAGCCAAGCUGUAGGGCAAGAUCGCGUGGAGCAGUGACGGCCAAAGAAUUUUUCGAGAUCAUCUUCAAUGCCCGGAAAGAGGAAGCCUGCGCAAAGCUCGAGGAGACACUUUACCACACGGACAUCAAGGAAGGAGACUUCUUAGACAUCUGCUGCCGACAAGCCGACGAUCGACUUUCGCAGCUCGCUACACAGAUGAGCGGGAUCAAUACACGAACGCGCACCGCAUACUUCCCCAAUAUCCCAGAUAAAAGACUUGGAAGAACAACAGGCAAAAUCAGGAAGAUGUGGCCAUUCGUGAAGGUUUUCACCGUUGCAACCGGCCACAUUCUUCUCCGUCAUGGACUACGUUUCUUCGACUUGCCAGGCAAAACAGGCUACGGCGACACGAGUCAGCUAAGAGAAGCAGUAAUCAACAAAUUCCGCAGGAAGGCUGACUACGAAAUGGUGGUUGCCCCAUGUUCACGGCUCCAGACUAGUGUGUUGCAGCAUAAGUACAUUGAUCGAUCGAUCCACCUCAAAGGAGCCAACAAGACUAUACUCGUUAUGAACAAGGCCGAUGAAGUUCUCAACGAGGAUAGCAUGCCUACCCAAAUUCGAGAGAUCGACGAACACCCAUUCAUAGAUCUGACCGCACGCUUGGAGGACCUCGAAAAGCUAGAAGACGAUGAGGAUUCGGACGAUACCAUGAUAUCCGAGAUGUUCGAAGAACUGCUACGAGAAGCCACGGGUGCUUUCAUAAAGUACGAGACAGCAAACGUCCAAAAGCAGAUGCAGCUCAAAGGCAUCAAAGUCUUCUCGGUAUCUGCUAUGGCCUACACCGCCUUGAAUAACCGGGUUCAGAAGAACAACCUUAUGCUUGACGAUGACAGCAUAGGUAUCUACGCGUUAAGACACUACCUCGCCACAUUGUCGUCAGCAACCAACUACAAGAACUUCUACGAUCACGUCCACGAAGCACUACCAAUGUUCCGAAGGCAAGCUUCAACACCCCUGGAAAACCACAUAGAAGACAAAAGCUAUGCUGCCAUGCGACAUGAGCUUAAGAUUGAGAUACACUCACUUCGGGGCGAACUGAAGAGACGUAACGACAGUCGAUUGCAGUCCCUAGUGGUGAAGCCAUGGUCUAAAACAGAGGAACAAGACAUCAUCUGUGGUAUACAGGAUCUAGUACAAACUUCGUGGAUUCAUCCCCGGAUUUACUACUCGGGCUUUUCAAAGAUGCUCGCCGAAAACGGGAUCCCGGUUAAUGGAAAGUAUCUCGGCCAUAACAUGAACCACGAGCUCCUUACUGUUAUGAAGAUGUACUUCGACAAGUGGUACAACAGCUUGGAUGAAACAAUUGGAGACUUUACACGCCGCCUGCAUAGAGUUGUUGAGAAUCUAUUGGAGAGGACUAAAUUGGCCAUCGGUCGGUCUUCUGCGCCAUCAGCCUUGCGAGUAAAAGCAAGGGUCGAGCUGUCUAGCGUUAAACAGCGCAUCAAAGCGGCAAAAGACACACUUCUCGCAAGUCUACACCUUUCUCUUGGAGAAACUCACCUGAAUUUCACGACAGAAAUCGACAAGUCCUGUCCGAUAGCAGUGGAAAUGAAAGCCUGCUAUGCACGAGCUCUGGACCGGACCGUUGUCAAGUCUGGUGAAGGCAUAUACAACAGACAACGAAACAUACUGCAGACCUCGAUGAUCGAAGGAGCAGACCACUGUGCUACUUCAGGAGAGACUCUACGUCCGUUACUCGAAAGUAUUGCGAAGAAGGUCCAGGGCCAGCAAAAAGAGGUGUGGAAGACCCAUUGCGAGACGUUCGUCGCCAGCACCAUUGAACAACUUGAGGGCUUCUCAAAUACUGCUGAACAGCUUCUCAUGAACCCCUCGUACGUGACUGGAAGGCACAAGCGGGCUCGUGGCGAGUUGAGGAAACUACUCAGUGACUUCGAUAUCAGCCUUGCAAGUCUUCAAAGUCGAUUCGUCAGCGUAGAAGAGGAACACGCUGAGAAGAGGGCCAGGCGCGAUGAGACGGAGGAUGAAGCACCAGUCACACCACCUGUCUCUGGGCCGCUGGUUGCUUCGGUACCUGUCUUGGACAAUAAUGGUUGGAUUCCUCCGUUCGGCGAUGGAUUCGAUUUGAAUGACGAUUGGCUCGACUAUGACCUCGGGUUCGUUAACUGA